GACCGGUUCGAAGGGCGCCUGCUGGAGCGGCCAGAGCGGCUGGGUGGGGCGGAGCGGUGAGUGGUGGCGGGGUCUCUGCUCCGGCGGUUCGGGAUCCCUAGAGAGGCGGACGGAAGUGGAGCUCUACGCUCCUGGGUGUUUGCAAUGGCUGCCACUGUGAACUUGGAACUUGAUCCUAUUUUUCUGAAAGCACUAGGUUUCUUACAUUCAAAGAGUAAAGAUUCUGCUGAAAAGCUAAAAGCACUGCUUGAUGAGUCUUUGGCCCGGGGCAUUGAUUCAAGUUACCGUCCAACUCAAAAGGAUGUGGAACCACCCAAAAUUUCAAGCACAAAAUCUAUUUCUAUUAAACAAGAGCCCAAAACAUCAUCUAAUCUUCCUUCUGGCAAUAAUAAUGGUAAAGUCCUCACAACUGAAAAGAUAAAGAAGGAAACUGAGAAGAGACCUGCUGAUAAAAUGAAAGAUGUCACUGAAGGAGUUGAUAUUCCAAAGAAACCUAGAUUGGAGAAACCAGAAACACGAUCCUCUCCCAUUACUGUCCAGACUAGCAAGGAUUUAGCUAUGGCUGACCUUUCUAGUUUUGAAGAGACUAGUGCUGAUGAUUUUGCCAUGGAGAUGGGAUUGGCCUGUGUUGUUUGUAGACAAAUGACAGUGGCAUCUGGUAAUCAGUUAGUAGAAUGUCAAGAGUGCCAUAAUCUCUACCACCAAGAUUGCCAUAAGCCACAAGUGACAGACAAGGAAGUGAAUGACCCUCGCCUAGUGUGGUAUUGUGCCCGAUGCACCAGACAAAUGAAAAGAAUGGCUCAAAAAACUCAGAAACCGCCACAAAAACCAGCGCCCACCGUUGUUUCAGUAGCUCCCGCUGUCAAGGAUCCAUUAGUUAAGAAACCAGAAUCUAAACUCAAACAAGAGACAACCUUCCUAGCAUUCAAGAGAACGGAAGUCAAGACAUCCACUGUUAUUUCAGGAAAUUCUUCAAGUAACAAUGUUUCCUCUUCAGUAACUAGUGGCUUAACAGGAUGGGCAGCUUUUGCAGCCAAAACUUCCUCUGCUGGUCCCUCAACAGCAAAAUUGAGUUCAACAGCACAAAACAGUAGUGGAAAACCUGCUACCUCACCAGCUAACCAGAAGCCUGUGGGUUUGACUAGUCUGGCAACAUCAUCCAAAGGUGGAAUAGGUUCCAAAAUAGGUUCGGGUAACAGCAUGACACCCACAAUACCAUUGAAACCACCUCCACCACUAACCUUGGGCAAGACUGGCCUCAGCCGCUCAGUUAGUUGUGACAAUGUCAGCAAAGUAGGUCUUCCUAGUCCUAGUAGUUUAGUUCCAGGAAGCGGCAGCCAGUUGAGUGGGAAUGGAAACAGUACAUCAGGGCCAAGUGGAAGUACAGUGAGCAAAACCUCAUCGGAAUCCAGCAGCAGUCCCUCAGCAUCUCUUAAAGGCCCAACUUCACAAGAAUCACAGCUCAAUGCUAUGAAGCGAUUACAGAUGGUCAAGAAGAAAGCCGCCCAAAAGAAACUCAAGAAGUAAUGUGGCCAAGCCAGGGUCUUACUAUGGAGCUCUGACUGGACUGGUACUAGUUAUAUAGACUGGGCUACUCUUGAAUUCAGACAUCUGCCUGCCUCUGUCCUGUGUACUGGGAUUAAAGGUAUGCACCGCCACACCCAGCUACCACUUGAUCACUACUUAUCUGUUACUAGGGAGUUAUAUCUUCCAAUAGAUUAUGAUAAAUGCUUGUGUCCUUGUAGUGCAUAUUUUUCUCACAUUCCCCACUUUUCCUACAUUGCCAGUGUAAGUAUAUGUGAACAUAGGGUAUAUUUAGUAAAUGUUGAAUUUUGACUCAUGCUGAUUGCAUAUUCUGAGGAUUAUUGAGCACAGUGUCCAUUUUCAAGUCUUUUUAUUAUUUUAAUUUAUGUUUAAGUGUAUUGUCUGCAUGUAGGUAAGUGCACCCAUAUCGUGCAGUGCCCGUGGAGGACAGAAAAGGCUGUCCGUUCCCCUGGAACUGGAGUUAUUGACAAUUGUUAGCCAUCACGUGUGUUGGGAACCAAACUCAGGUCCUCUGCAAGAGCAGCCCGUGCUCUGAACUGCUGCGGCGUCACUCCAGUCCUCAUUUUCAUGCCUUCGCAAAUGAGAAUUUAUGCACCAUGAAAGAAAAGGCUGUUAUUUUGCAUCAAAAAUGUUACAGCAUUAGCUACCUUUGUAUAAAAGAAAUUCAUAACUAAUGAUUAGAUUUUGAGAUUGUUUUGUACACUGCUAAAUCAGAAAGUGUUUAUAUGUUUUAGUAUGGUUAGGAUGGGGUUUGUCCCCUAAGGUUUUUUAUGUAUUGGAAGCUUAGUCUUCAGUUUGGCAAUGUUAUUGGAUCAUGAAGAGGUAGAGCCUGUUGAGAGGUCAGUAUGCCUUUGGAAAAGAUUAAGGUAGUCUCCUGUGUCCCAUGAUUGAUUCUUUUAAGAGUGAAGUAUUAAAGCGUAAUCCUGUCCCCUAUAUUUCUCCAUGACUUUGUGUCUUGUGAAAAAUUCUCUCCCUCUCUAGUGAGCUUUAGCCAUGAUAUCUUAAAAGGAGGGUCCCUCCUCAGAAGCCAUGCCUUCCUUUGGACUUUCACCUCCAAAACUGUGAGCUUACUAAACCUCUUUACAAAGUUACCUGCUACAGAGUUUCUAAACCACAUUAAGGUAAAUACUUAAUGAAGAGACAGCCUUACUAUUAGCAUUCAUUUUAAGGUCAAGCACAUACCCAAACUGCUGAGCAUAUGUCUGCUCCUUCAGAUGCUUCUCAGAACUGUGCUUUGCUCAUUGUUUAUUCAAACAGUAUCUCCAGCAUGAAAUGGGAAAGUAGAAGUCAGGAAUCACCCUUAUUAGAGAAGCUUACCCUUUGAGCCCUAGGCCUAGACUGUCAUACACUCAAUUUCUCUUAUUGUUUGCAAUGAGAAAAGCAUGUUGCUUUCAGUACUUUGCAAAGUAAAAUAUGCAUACACUAUCUUGGGUGGAGGGGAAGAAGGGGUCCUAAGGGAUUAAGGUCAUAUAUCCAGGUCACAAGAGGAGCACAUAGCUCGAUGAGUUUGUUUACAUUAUGAACAGUAACUUUACUGUUUGCAAGGUUGGGUAAAAAUCUUCAGUCUGGAUUAUGUCCAUAUUGUAAAAGUCAUUUGUACAGCCUGCUCUCAGGUAUUUUACUGUUAUCUACAAAGAAGCUGGAUAAUACAGAAAGUGUAAAGGGUCUGAAUUAUUGCCUUGUAAGCUAAUAAAUUAAUCACUCAUCAUUUGACAUACAUUCUAACAGCAGAUCAGAGAACCAGUUUAUUAUUAUAGCAAAAUGUAGUAUCUCUUUUACAAUUCAUGGAUCUAUUUAUUAUAGCAAAAUACAGCAUCUGUUUAAUUCAUGAAUACCCCGGUUUUUUUUUCUGGAAAAUCCAGCAACUUCCCACAUUCACUGAGUAGUUUGUUUUAUCAACUUUGUGUGCUAUGAAAUCUAUAGUCUAAGCCACUGUAUCUCAAAAUUCCUUCCUAACUAGGUUUUACUAACAUCUUUAUUCUAAAAUAAAUAACCUUUGUGACAAAGCUUUUAAAUUAA